AUGAGAAUAGUCAGGUACAAGCGCCUCUCUGCUUUUGUGGAUUCCCUCUUUUCUUCUCAAACUCUUGAUUUUUUUUGUCGGAUCUAUGUAGUUGGAUCCGUCAAGCGACAGGAUGCACCGGUUGUGGCGGCUGCAGUGGCAGCUCCCGUUUGUCCCCGGGGGAGACUAAUGCUGGCACGGUCGUGUCGUGCCUUGGAGCCUACCAAGAGAGAUGAUUCGACCGUCCACGCCGCAAUGGCGGUGGAAGCGUCCGACACCACGAUGGGAGAGGAAGACACCGUCAAUUAUGAGAAGCUGGGUAAGGAGCUCGAGAUCGCUUCGCCACUGGAGAUCAUAGAUCGGGCUCUGGAGAUGUUCGACAAUGAAAUCGUCAUUACUUUUAGCGGAGCAAAGGAUGUAGCUUUGAUAGAAUAUGCAAAAUUAACUGGUCGGCCAUUUAGAGCCUUCAACCUUGAUACUGGGAGGCUAAAUCCUGAGACAUAUAGGUUCUUUGAUACUGUAGAGAAGCACUAUGGGAUCAACAUCAAGCACAUGUUUCCUGAUGCAAGGGAAGUACACACCCUUGUUAGAAGCAAAGGCCUCUUCUCCUUUUCCGAAGAUGGGUACCAGGAAUGCUGCCAGAUGAGGAAAGUGAGACCUCUAAGGAGAAUGUUGAAAGGCCUCCGCGAGUGGAUCACUGGGCAGAGAAAGGAUCAAUCCCCUGACACGAGAGCCAAUAUCCCUGUCAGAUUCUGUUCAACAGCCUUCUUCUUAAAGAAUUGGACGCUCUGUAGUUGUGGGCGAAGUAAUACUGAUGACCUACUUGCACAAGAAGCACAAUGA